AUGGAGCUGGAACCACCAGAUUCAUACUCUAAGAUUGUUAAUCUGUUUUAUGGAAGAAUGCUCUAUUUGAUGGAGAGUAAUAUGGAAUCCGACACCGCUACAAUUGCAAAAUACACGAACUCGGAAACCGAAAUUCUACUCUGUGAACACUCUAAAAAAUCCACUUUUGCGGAGCUUCGAAGAUUGAUUCAACUUAUUCACAUGUAUAUCAAACUAGUCAAGCAAGACAGUUACAGUAUGCAGCCGUCAUCUGAUCAGCUGUCAGUCAAGUUUCAAUUGAAAUACAAGGCAACGACUGCUGUGAACACAGAUUUGAAAAUGGAAUGGCAUGGAGAAGCAUUCUAUGAUUCAAAUCUGCAACACUUCGUCUAUUCAUCUCUCGAUUUGAAAGGAGAUUGUGCUUCCCUUCCAGAUGAAAUUCCAGAACAUCCAAUGGAACCGAAAGAAAAUUAUAUCAAUCGUCUUCGAUCCAAUCUGACUGAAAUUCUAUUCAACAGUGCGUUCUCAACACAUACUCAGACGACUUAUCAAUCAUUUGUCAAUAGUUUUUUACUCGAUAGAACACGUGUCCAACUAUGUGAAAAGAAUGGAGAAACUUCGGAAAGAAACGAAUUUAGUGACUUUCUAUUCAAGCGAUACGGAGAUGUACAGACGUAUACGGAUCAUGACUACGCAAUAACUCCAUUUUCUGAUUAUCAAACUGAUGUUAUUUUCACUGUGAUUGUCUCUUGGAAAAACGGAAUUAUAUUGAAGGAGAGAUAUCGAUUCAGAGUUGAAGAAGCAAGAGAAAAAGACGGAGAUCAAGGAUGGAAGGCUUGGUGGUCUACCUGGGUUUUCGUGGAAUGUCCAGUUAACUUAACACCGAAAACUGAUCCCGAAGCACUCAAAAAAAUCUUCAUUUAUCAAGUGUGUGGAUCAAUUCCGAACAUGAUUACAAAUGGACCGUCCACCCAGUCACGUGCAUCAUUUCUCAGCCAUUUCAUGAAAAAAGAAGAGCAAGGAUUUCAUGCACAGAUCUGUGAGGAUAACUACAAACCGAUUUAUAAAUUCUCUCAAUUCGAGAAAUGGUUACAAACAUGGACUGGAGAGUACGAUGGAGCAAAACUUCUUGAGUCAAAAGUGGAAUCUUUCGAGAAUUUUUCGUUCAUUUGCAUUGUUCACUUGAUGAAAAACUACGGAGAUCACGAUAAGGAGUGGAAAAAGAGAGAAUUCAGAAUGAAAGCUUAUUAUGAAGUUGAUCGAUGGCUGGUUAAGGAAACCAAAAUUGGUUGUGACCAUUUCUAA